AGCUGCCGAGCGGAGCCGAGCAGAGCCGAGCCGUGAGGUGCCGGGGAGAGGCAGGCUGAGCCUGCCGGCGGCUCUGCACCCAUCGUGCUGCGUUUCCCGGCUCGGUGUCUCCCUGCCUUUGCCCAGGCGCCCGCAAAACUUUUAUUGUCUCGGGCCUCCCCGGGUUGUGUGACGAAAUUGCAGCGCUCCGCUGUCUCCACGCUCGGCUGCAGCGGCGAUCGAGGGGACGUGCAACCCUCGCCCGCCGCCGGGCUCUUGCGCCCUGCGCUUCCUCACCUGCCGAUCGCUCCCGGGAAUCGCGAGGGGGGACCCCCAAAGGGACAGCGCGGCUGUUGGCACCCCGAAUUCCUGUUCACCGUUGCGGACCGGCUCAGCACAACUUUAACUUGAUUCCUGUCGCCCACCCCGGGCACCCGCGGCGGCCGCCGCUGCCGCCGUCGCUGCGGUCUCACAAAGAGCGCGGGGAGGGAAGGCGGCGCGGGCGGCGGGCACGGGCCUCGGGGCUGCCUAGACAAAAGGGAAACUGCCGUCGCUCCGGGCGCCUGUCCCGACCCGCGGUGGGUUUGUCCAGCCGGCCCGGGCUGUCUCUUCGCCUCGGUCUCCACGGGCUGUGCCCGCAGUGCUCGGACCCCGCGAGCUGCGGGGCGCGCGUCGCUGCUGCUGGUAGGGGCUCUAGGGAUAAUAAAUGAUAGAGGAUACAAUGACUUUGCUGUCUCUGCUGGGUCGCAUCAUGCGCUACUUCUUGCUGAGACCCGAGACGCUUUUUCUGCUGUGCAUCAGCUUGGCUCUGUGGAGUUACUUCUUCCACACGGACGAAGUGAAGACCAUCGUCAAGUCCAGCCGGGACGCGGUGAAGAUGGUGAAGGGCAAGGUGGCCGAGAUUAUGCAGAACGAUCGCCUUGGAGGACUAGACGUGCUGGAGGCCGAGUUUUCCAAGACCUGGGAGUUCAAGAGCCAUAAUGUGGCGGUGUACUCCAUCCAGGGCCGGAGAGACCACAUGGAAGAUCGCUUCGAAGUUCUCACCGAUUUGGCCAACAAGACGCACCCGUCCAUCUUCGGGAUCUUCGAUGGGCACGGCGGCGAGACUGCAGCGGAAUAUGUAAAAUCUCGACUCCCAGAGGCCCUUAAACAGCAUCUUCAGGAUUAUGAGAAGGACAAAGAAAACAGUGUUCUGUCUUACCAGACGAUCCUUGAGCAGCAGAUCUUGUCCAUUGACCGAGAAAUGCUGGAAAAGUUGACGGUAUCCUACGAUGAAGCAGGCACAACAUGUUUGAUUGCUCUACUAUCAGAUAAAGACCUCACCGUGGCCAAUGUUGGUGAUUCUCGAGGAGUUCUGUGUGACAAAGAUGGGAACGCCAUUCCUUUGUCUCAUGAUCACAAGCCUUAUCAACUCAAGGAGAGGAAAAGGAUAAAGAGAGCUGGUGGAUUCAUCAGUUUCAAUGGCUCCUGGAGGGUCCAGGGAAUCCUGGCCAUGUCUCGAUCCCUGGGAGAUUAUCCACUGAAAAAUCUCAAUGUGGUCAUCCCAGACCCAGAUAUCCUGACCUUUGACCUGGACAAGCUACAGCCUGAGUUCAUGAUCUUGGCAUCAGACGGUCUGUGGGAUGCUUUCAGCAAUGAAGAAGCAGUUCGAUUCAUCAAGGAGCGCUUGGAUGAGCCUCACUUUGGGGCCAAAAGCAUUGUUCUGCAGUCCUUCUACAGAGGCUGCCCCGACAAUAUUACAGUCAUGGUGGUGAAGUUUAGGAAUAGUAGCAAAACAGAAGAGCAGUGAGUUAGUUCUAUAGGGUCUCCGCUGUCCCAGACUAGAGGACUUUUGACAUACUGUUCUCUCAAUGUAGUAAAAGGUGUGGGAAUUAUAAUUAGGAUCCCCCAACACAGAACCCCUUCCCUGGUGACCUUUCCCUAUCAGGUGGAAAGCAGAGGGUUUCCCCGCUAACGCUGUUGAGUGGCGGGAAAGAGUUUAUGGGCUCCCAGCCCCUCUAUCAUUGUUUGAAAUGCAUCCAUAGGUAGCCAUUGAUCCCACAUAUGAGACAAAAGGAAGAUAGGCCAUGUAUUCCCUUUAACGUUCUUUUCACAAUCUCUUUUAUGGUCCUUCAGGCAGCUUCGUUGGUGUCCUCUCCACCUGUGGGCAGGGCAGGCC